AUGGGCCCCCACCUGCUCCUGCUGCUGCUCCCGGGACUAGCAGGUCAGGGCUCCUCGGCCAGCCUCCCUGAGCUGCUGCAGGCACCUGUGGGGGCCACCAUUCUGGUGCAGUGCCACUACCGGCUCCAGGAUGUCAAGGCUCGGAAGGUGUGGUGCCGCUUCUCAGCCGACAGCUGCCAGCCCUUGGUGUCCUCAGCUGUGGAUCGCAGAACCCCAGGUGGCUCGCGCACCUUCCUCACAGACCUGGGGGGCGGCCUGCUGCAGGUGGAAGUGGUGGCCCUGCAAGAAGACGACGCGGGGGAGUAUGGCUGCAUAGUGGAGGGCGCUGCGGGGCCCCAGACCCUGCACCGGGUCUCCCUGGUGGUGCUCCCCCAAGGUGAGCUCGAGGAGGAUGAGCAGACCCAUAAACUUGGCAGUGUGGCUGAGGACCCCUCCUCAGACCUCCCAGACAGUGCCAGCCCCUGGGAGCCCAGGCAGCAUGAGAAGAGCACCCCCCUGAUCUGGGGGGCUGUGUUCCUGCUGGGUCUGCUGGUGGCGGCUGUGGUGCUGUUUGCUGUGAUGGCCAAAAGGAAAGCGACCAGGCAUGCUGUCUGUGUUCGAUUCCAGAGCAGCAGAGCUUCAGGAAUGGAUUCAGGGGUCCCCCACAUCGGUGAUUCGGGACUGGCUGCUGCAGGGCCUUCAGACAUUGCAUACGCGAGGCUCAACUCCCCACUUCCCUUCGACAAUGCCACCUACAGCGGCCUACCUCUUGAUCCCCCACCACCCUCAGUGCCCCCUCUGCCUCCUAAGGUCCACAUUUCCUCCAAGCCUGUCACAUAUGCCACAGUCAUCUUUCCGGGAAGGGACAGGGGUGGAGCAGCCUCCUGUGAGCCAUCCCAGGAUCCAGCUCACAGCCAGACUGCACCCAGCUAA